AUGAAUAACAAGAAUUGGAAUGAUCGCGCCGAUAAAGAUUUGUUCUUCACCAUACUAUCCGUGAAGAACAUUGGGGUUAUCAGCGGCUCAGAAUGGACCACCAUCGGUAACCACAUGAGAACCCUCGGGUAUGGGUUCACAAAUGAGGGUUGUCGGCAACAUUUUCAAGGCCUGAGGAGAGCCCAAAACAAGCCAGGUGAUGGUGGAAGCCCAGGAUCUAGCAGCAGACGUGUUGAUCCCACGUGGAAUCCGAUUACCAGGAGGCCUGGUCCUGGAAGGGGGAGGCCAAAAAAGUCUAUAUCCUCAGACGCCUCAGCCACCGAGCCGUCGGUCCCUGAUGGCGUAGCCUCUGGGCAGCCAAAUCCUGCACCCGUAGCAAUCCCUGGACUUCCGCCUCAGGUUCCAGUUGGUCAGGCCUAUGAGCCAAGCCAACAGCCUAUACACUAUCCUUCGCCUCCACUACCACACGCUGCGCUCCAUGGGCAGCAGCCGCAUCCCGGAAUCUCUCAACCGCAGCCUCAUGUCACAGAGCCUCACCUACAGGACAGUCAGCCAAACCAGUCCCUUUCUGAUAGCAAAGCAGGGGGGGCGGCAAGUCAUAACGUUGGGGACCUUCCUAUGCAGCACACUGCUAGGGCCGGCCUAGAAGGCUCAUCUGUCGAUGCCCUUCAUCUCGAACCUGAGAAUGAUGUCGACGCUGAAGGCGAGGGCGACGACGAGCCCCCAAUAAAGCGGCAGAGGAUAGAUUCUGACGGCGCAAUGCCAUCCGACUCCCUGGAAGAUGAUCCAGUUCUGGCUCUUGCGACUGCCAACAAUGCCGGGCCCAACGACCCAUAUCCUCCAGACUUCAGCUACGCGGAAGCAUAA